AGGAAGUAGGUCUCUCUCUCUAUUUGGGACUCAGUGUUCGGGGGAAGGAGAUCGUGGAUUCAGGGCGGCCCGGUCACCUCCUGCCGUUGCGCGCGCCUCCAAGGAGGCCGAGUUCCGAGUCCACCUCUGCGCCUUCCCCGCGCGUGCCGGCCCCAGACGAGGUGUUCCGUCCCGAGCCGACCCCCGCCUCGCCCGCCCGCCUGCCCGCCGGGUUGCCGGCGCCAUGGCCGAGUACUCCUACGUCAAGUCCACCAAACUCGUGCUCAAAGGAACCAGGGCUCAGAGUAAGAAGAAAAAAAGCAAAGAGAAGAAGAGGAAAAGAGAAGAAGAGGAAGAAACUCAACUUGACAUUGUUGGAAUCUGGUGGACAGUAACAAACUUAGGUGAAAUUUCAGGAACCAUAGCGAUUGAAAUGGAUAAAGGAACCUACAUACAUGCCCUUGACAACGGACUUUUUACCCUGGGGGCUCCUCACAAAGAAGCUGAUGAGGGCCCUAGUCCUCCAGAGCAGUUUACAGCUGUCAAAUUGUCUGAUUCCAGAAUUGCCCUGAAAUCUGGCUAUGGAAAAUACCUUGGCGUGAAUUCAGACGGACUUGUUGUCGGACGUUCAGAUGCCAUCGGACCGAGAGAACAAUGGGAACCGGUCUUCCAAGAUGGGAAAAUGGCUUUACUGGCCUCAAAUAGCUGCUUUAUUAGAUGCAAUGAAGCAGGCGAUAUAGAAGCUAAAAGUAAAACGGCAGGAGAAGAAGAAAUGAUAAAGAUCAGAUCCUGUGCUGAAAGAGAAACUAAGAAAAAAGAUGAUAUUCCAGAAGAAGACAAAGGAAAUGUUAAACAGUGUGAAAUCAACUAUGUGAAGAAAUUUCAGAGCUUCCAAGACCACAAACUUAAAAUAAGUGGAGAAGACAGUAAAAUACUUAAAAAGGCCCGGAAAGAUGGAUUUUUGCAUGAAACACUUCUGGACAGGAGAGCCAAAUUGAAAGCUGAUAGAUACUGCAAAUGACCAUGAUUUGUUUGUCUUCUGUUUUUUUCUGAAUAAAAUAAUCAAUGGAAGUGUUUUUACAGAA